GCUAUGCCCACCGGUUACGGUAUGAAGGAUGCGGAGUGAGCAGGCGUGAGAGGCGUCGUCCUCACCGAUAGCCAGAGACGUCGGAGAGGCCGGACUGCGACACUGCCCAGGUGGGCGCGCCAGGAGCGGGCUCGGGGCGGCUUUGCCCAGGUCCCCUCCCAUCGCCCCCGCCUCUCCAGGCCCGGCGCUGCCCACAGGCCUCGAUGGCGGCGGCCCAGCGGAAGGGCCUGCUUCAGGGUGCUGUGGCCUUUGAGGACGUGGCUGUGUUCUUCUCCCAGGAGGAGUGGGGGCUGCUUGAUGAGGCUCAGAGGCUCCUGUUCUGCGAUGUGAUGCUGGAGAACUUUGCAAUCAUAGCUUCCCUUGGUUCUUGGUAUGGAGCAGAGGAUGAGGCAUCUUCUAAGCACAAUGCUUCUAUAGAGAUACAGGGCAGGACUUCAAGGGCAGGUUUAUCCACUCAGAAUACUCACCCCUGGGAGAUGGGCGUCCCAUUCUUGAAAAACAUCUUGUGCCUGACUGAGCAAGCAGCACACCUUGGGCGGAAUCCAUGUGUGAGAUGCUUCUGGAUGAAUACGACCCUUCACGAGCACCAGAAACACCAUAGUGGAGAAAAAGCCUUCAGAACAGACAUAGAUAGGACCUUGUUUAUGAAGAACUGCACGUUCCGGGUGUCAGGGAUGCCUUUCACCUGUGGGGAGGCUGGGAAGGACUUCUUAGCAACUUCAAGCCUACUGCUGCACCAGGCUUCUCCUAAGAAUGAAAGGACACCCAGCAGCCUUGAAGAUGGGGAGGCAUUUGACAGUAGCAAAAGACUUUGUGAGCAGACUCAAUGUGGGAAAUCUUCCAAUCACAAAGACACACUUCUUCACCAUGAGAGUGUCUGCACUGGAGAGGGACUUUAUAAAGAUAGUGAAUAUGAGAAAGAUUUAACCUGCGAGUUUCGACUUGUUCAGAGCCAGGGAAAUUACACUGGAGAAAAGCCCUAUGAAUGUGGAGAAUGUGGACGAUCUUUUAAAUACAAAUGUUUACUCAUUUACCACCAGAGAGUUCAUACUGGAGAAAGGCCUUAUAAGUGUGAGGAAUGUGGGAAAUCAUUUAGAGAUUCCUCAACCCUAAUUCAACACCAGAAAAUUCAUACUGGAGAAAGGCCGUAUGAGUGCAGCGAAUGUGGGAAGUGCUUUAACCGCAGAUCUGAUCUUAACAAGCACCAGAGAAGUCAUACUGGAGAAAGGCCUUUUGAGUGUAGUGAAUGUGGGAAAUUAUUUGGCCGUCACUCCCUCCUUUAUAAGCAUAAGACAGUUCACUCUACAGCUACACCAUACGAGUGCAGCAAAUGCGGAAAAUUCUUCAGUUAUUGCUCCUACUUGAAGAGUCACAGGAGGAUUCAUGCGGGAACAGAGCUUUAUGAGUGCUGUGAAUGUGGAAAAUCCUUUAAUCGAGGGUCCAGCCUCAUUCAACAUCAGAGAAUCCACUUUAGAUCUAUGGCAUAUGAGUGUGACGAGUGUGGGAAAUCUUUUAACCGCAAAUCUUUGCUCACUUACCACCAAAGAGUGCAUACUGGAGAAAGGCCUUAUCAGUGUGUAGAAUGUGAGAAAACAUUUCGCCAACGCCCAGCCUUCAUUCGACAUUGGAAAAUCCACACUGGUGAAAAGCCUUACGAGUGCAUCAAGUGUGGGAAAUUGUUUAGUCGUAGUUCCCACCUUAAUAAACACAAGAAAAUUCACUCUGGAGAAAAGCCUUUGAGGGUAGCAAAUGUGGAGACCUCUUUUUCUAUAAACAUGGCCACAUUUAAUACUGGAGUUCACAUAGAAACAAAGCCUUAUGAAAGUGGAGGAUGGAAAAUCCUUUAGGUAAAGAUGCAACCUUAUUCAGUACUGGGAAAUUAUCCACAUAGGACUGAUCCAUGUGACAAAUGUUGGAAAUUCUGUAGCUUUGUUCAAAAUGUUCCAUAACGGUUGUUGCACACAUCGUUCUUCUGGUCUCAUCGCCCCAAAUGCAGUUGUUCAUGGAGACCAUUUGCCCCUAAAGGAAUGGUGUGGGCGUGACAUCUGACCCCCUGCACUACCCAAGGGGAAAGGAGAAUCCAGCGUCAGAUCUGCUCGAUGAUCCCUAUGGGACAAAAGUCAGAAAUGCCUCCACCUUCCGACCUUACAGUCAUCUUUACCCUUUUCUAACACCCAACUGCCACUCCUCUACUGGGUUCAAUAAUUCAUUGCGGUUGCCACACAGAACGCAAACAAUUAUUUCUUUAAAAAUGUUAAAUAUACAGUUCUUUUGUCCACGUGUUUCAUCGCUGCCAUCUAGGCAGGCACAUCUCUGGUUCUCAGCUUCUCAGCCAUGUGGUUAUUUGACCUCUGCCCUUCUUGGGCAAGUGUUACAAAGCUCUGUUAGAGCUGAUAAAUUCCCCAGAUAGCACCCCACUCUUAGCCUCCUGCCUAAAGGCACUCAGCCUUACUCAUUCUAGGGGCUGGGAAGCCCUCCACUUUGUGUCAUGGUCUUGACACUGUUCCACUCCCACCUUUCAACACAAGAAUCUUGGACAAUCUGCACUCCUGGCUCUUCUUAAUGGCCUUAGGACUCUGUGUUUCUGCUGCUGAAAUGGCAUAUUUUAUACCCAGUGGAACAGCAAAACUGACCAGUCCUCUCUAUUAGUUUCACAUCCACUGUUUGUAUGGUUCCACCUAAUUGGUUUGUGAGCGUUACAAAGACUGACUAGAAGAACCGUGCAAAGUCAAUUUCGCUUCACUAAAACACAUUUCAUUUCUUCCUAUCCUUGACUCUACUAACUCUUGUUCUAAGAAAGCAGACCAGUUAUGCCUCAGAUGACUGCUUACAUGUUUUAAGGUUCUGGCCACUGUGCAAUAAAGUAGGUAGUAAAACAA